AUGAAUGUCGCACUCACAAAUCUGAUAGUUUUGUCAAUCAACUCGAUGGAUAAGGGAGGAUUCAUAGUGCAUUAUAACGUUUUGGCUAAAAUCGGGCAUGUAGUAGGACCUUUACUGAACAUUCUAGUCACAUUUUUACCGCCCAUAAAACGAAGGCUUUUCUAUUUCAACGCACUACCCUAUGAGAACCUAGAAUACUUAUAUAUAUCAAUUUCCGUAUUUUGCAUUUUAAGAAUUUAUGCAUCAUUUGCCUUAAGAAAUGCUCGAAGACCAAAUGUAAUUCCUAGUAAAAUCAAGGAAGACUUUCCUGAUCGAAACAUAGGGACAUAUUUCAGGGAUGAAUCGGUGAAUUAUUCAUCCGGAAGAUAUUCCUACUUACCCUGGAUUGUGUUUUCAACAAAUAUCUUAACUACUUUGGGAUCAGGACUUUCAAUCAGUAUAAUGGGAAUUUACAUGAUUGAGGAAUUCAAGAUUGAUUUCAUGAAACUGUGGAUAAGCUCAUUAAUGAUACCGAUUUUUACAACAAUUCUUCUUUUCAUUUUGAACAGUUAUCAAAAAAGGCAUGGGAAACUGGUUACAAUAUUCAUAUCAAAACUUAUCGCACUAUUGGCAUCAUUUCAAAACGCUCCUGGGCCACUUAAAACAUCUAUAGUUCUGCAAUGUAGCAAUUUAAAAUCUGCAAGUUACUGGUUAUCAUCGGAAUACCUCUCGAGGAUUAUAAUGGCUGGGAUGACGAUGCUGGGAGGGCAUAUUCAUAUGGAAUAUGGAUUCAAGUACUGUUUCGUCUUGACUGGUACUUUGUGUGUAAUCAUUUUGCUUUAG